GUAAUUCAUUAACAUUCACAAAGUGCAGCCAUAUUUGUUGUGCAUUGUCCGUACAGGAGAUCAAAGAAUUACACAGGGUAGUGUCUGUGAACAGUAUUCAUAAGGACCUCAGUGGUCUACGAACAACUGUUAUUUUAAUUGACAAUGGCGAAAUUCAAUCUGAUUAUCUUAGCCAUUGUCAUCGUACCCUAUGCUUCAUCGCUUUCAGAACCCAACCGCUUCAAACCUGUAAUAUGGUCCAAGCUAAUGGAACAUGAUAAACCUGCAUUCCACGGAGAAGUGAAGGAGAAUGAGAGAGUUGUGCAGCUCAAGCCUGACCUCUUGGCCAGCGACCCCGACGAGAUGGGUGGAGCAAAAUACAUUUGCAAUUACAUUAUUGCCAAAAGUAAACGCCACCCUAGAUCAAAUCCUCUACCAUUUGAGAUUGUUGUGACAGACAAAGUAACUGGUGCUGCAGAGAUUAGAGUGAAAGAAGGGGAGAGACUCAACUACGAGGAGCAGCCCUUCUACAAGUUCAGCAUUGUUGCUGAGGAUUGUGGGACUCCACCAAAACAGUCCACAAAGGCUUAUGUUAUGAUUAAAGUCCUAGAUGUAGAUGAAUUUGCCCCCAAGUUUGACAAUGACUCAUAUUUCGCUACUGUUGAGGAGGAUAGGAUUUAUGAUACCAUUGUAAAAAUCCAUGCAACUGAUCUAGAUGAGUCAAGUUCUUUCAAAACCAUCUGUAGCUAUGAGCUGAUAACUCCUAAUGUACCUUUUGAAAUCACAAAUGAAGGUAUAGUGAGAAAUAAAGAGCCUUUAGACUACAGCAUACACAGAAACUUUAUUCUUGGGGCUGUUGCCACUGAUUGUGGAGGUCGUAAAUCCGAGCCAGUGUACAUCAACCUGACAGUGAAAGAGAAGUGCCGGAGUGGGUGGGUUGGCCUGCAGGAUGUGAUCAAGUACAGAGCUGGCUCAGGCCAACAAAGACUUGCUGAGGGAGCCACACUUCAGCUGUGUGACAAUGACUGUAAACCAGCCCAGGUCAAUGUCAAGCUCACCCUGACUACCAAACACAUUGGCAAAGGAUGUGAUCGUGACACAUAUUCUGUCAACUCUCAAAGGAAACUUUGUGGUGCCAGUGGUGAUAGUGUUGACCUCCUGCCCUCACCCAGCAGUGCUGAUUGGUCCCACAACAUCCCCACUGAUGACGGUCAUGAGAUGGACCAAGUCUUCUCAUUUGAUGGGGUGACCAACGCUCUGGAAGUUCCUGAGUCUGUGUUCAACCACAUGCUCCACAAGCACUUCACCAUUUCUGCCUGGCUGAGGCAUGAGGAGAUGCCAGUAGCUAACCAAAGCAAACCUCCCAAAGAACACAUCCUGUGUAUGUCCGACAGUGAUGGUAUGAACAGACACCACUACGGGCUGUACAUCCACGGGAAGAAGCUGGUCCUCCUGCUGCGUAAGGAAGCUGAAGACGUCCAAUCACCUGAGGAGAUGAAAGUCUUCAGGCCUGCUGAGUUCAGGUGGACCAUCCCCCAGGUGUCAGAUGACAGGUGGCAUCAUUUUGCCGUCAGUGUUGACCUGCAGGAGGAGAGUAAAGAUGGCGGGGUUCACCUUUACAUUGAUGGGAAACUACUGCAGACUGAUGAUAGUAACUUUGAGAUCAUUGAUGACUGGCCACUGCAUAAAACUAAGAAGGUCCACGGCACUAAGCUGACAGUUGGUGCCUGCUGGCAAGGGGCAGAGAACACAUUCAGCCACUACUACAAAGGCUACAUGGCUGGACUGUUUGUCUUGAAGGGUAAAACAGAGAGUGAGAGGGUCAUCAAAUGUUUGAACAACUGCAAGGAGAAUCUGGACUUCCACGCUGUUGGUGACAUGUCUAGUGGAACUAGUGUCAGCUUCAACAGUGAGAUGACAGAGUUCACCAUCAGCAGUCGCAGCAUUGAGGAGGUCAACAGGCUGAUGGCACAGGUGGCUUACGUCAACGCUCGCACCUACCCCACACCUGGACACAGGAUACUCAACAUAGAAACAUCUCUUCUCUGUGAAGGCCAGACUGUGGUCCUCCCCCUCCUGGAGAAGAAAAUCCUGGUGCAGGAGCAGCAGGAGCCAGUGUUUGUGAUCACAGGCUACUCUAACCUGACCCGCAUGGUCUAUGAGUUUGAGAGAGGCCUCAGGGUUUUCCAUGACAUCCACAUCUUUGCCCGCUCCCAGCCCCUGGAGGAGCUAGCAGCUGACAGUCAGGAGGGGCAGGAUGACGAAGCUGUCAAGGCUGCCAAGCUGGCGUUGAAACUCUCAAAGACAAUGCUCCAGCAAUCAACUGAGCAGAAAGACGAUGAGUUUAUGAUUGAUGAGUGCCAUGUCAAGGCUGAUCCUCCACUCAACCUUUUCAUUGAACAUCUCUCUCUACCAACCCAUCUAAUGGAGAUACAUGGUUUAGAGUGGAGUGAAACCAAUGAUGGGGUUGUCAUUCGAAAUGCAGACACCAUCCCCAACUAUGAAAAUGUCAUCAGGAACAUUCACUACUAUCACAACAAACCUGAGGAGUUGGCCAACAGGACCCUCACCCUCUACUGCUCAAGCCAAAACCAGCGCUUCAUUAGCACCAAGUUCAUUGAGCGACUGGUUGCUGUCCACCAAGCCCCUCCCCCACCCCGUCCAGCAAACAUCCAGUCCAAUGCUCAGGGCAUCCAUCAGUCCUUAAAGAACCCAAGCUCUGAUAGUAUUCAUGCUGUUGGUGCUGCCAGUUCAAAUCUGGGCAUGGUGGCCAUCAUUGUGGUUUGUGUUGGCUUUCUUCUGUUCAUGAUUGUGUUGGGAGUCAUCCGUAUCCGUGCUGCACACAAACGCACGCAGGUGGUUCAAGUGGAUGAGAAACAGGAGAUGGAGUGGGAUAACUCAGCACUAAAUAUAACCAUCAACCCCAUGGAGCAGGAGGUGAGAAAGGAAUUGAUGUUUGAGUAUGAGGAUGGUGCGAGGCCCACCUUCCCUGAAGACAGUGACAGUGAUGAGGAUGAAGAGAGCAGCAUGCAGGGGGACUAUGGGGACAGUAGUGAGGACGAGGAGCCCGCCCCCCAGGGCAAGGGUCCAGGUGUCAACGAGUUAGAGUGGGACCACACAAGCUUUUGAAACUCACCGUGCUAUGCUAUGUUUUGAAUGAUGUGUGUGAUGAGAGAUGUUGCUCCAUACUUCAUCCUUUCAUGUGACUUGUCCAGUAAGACAGGAGAUGACAUUCCUCAUUAGUAGCAGACAGACAGCAUUUCUGGUCCAACAAGUCCCAUGGAUUCACUGAGUUUUUUAAUAUUGUUCCCAUUCCUUCAAUGGUUAUACGUAGGAUACCAAACUAUUUUCCACAGAUCUGCUUUUUUAAAUGUGUAUAUAUACAAAGGUCUGAAUUGAUGUUCAUAUUCUUGUACUGGACAGUAAAAAGUCAAUUAAUUUAAAUCCUUAGCAUGUAAAAUACCAAUGGACGGGUGUGUUAUCUAUACAUAUAUAUAUAUACGUGUAUGUCAUGUCAGUGGUAUGAAUGUCUGUGACCUGCGGGUGACAUGGGUGGUGGUCCUAAGUAGCAUUAAUGUUUUUCUUGUUAGCCAACACACACAGAUGUCAGUGUCUAUUCUGUGGUUUACAUCCAACUACAGCAAGUUUUUUGUAUUUUUAUUGAAGGUUUGUACAGGCACCU